UCGAAUGUGAAUGUAAAGUGGGAUCGCGAGUCGCUUAACGGAGGGUGUAUCCGAUCGAAGGUGGCGCGCACCUCCAUAAAGUUCGAAAUCGGACCGCGGUGUCACGCGCGAACGUACCCGUGUACAAAUUUCUCGGUAAAUUUCAAGUUGAAGCGUAGUGCCGGUAAUACGUCGCUAACAGGGAUUCGUUGUUGUUUGUGUAAACGAAAAGCGCAACAUCGCGUGAAAGAUGGACGAAUAUGCGUACACGAGUUGUAUCGGGACUGCGAAGGAUUAGUCGAAAGACACGACCGGAAGCCAACGAUAUGUGACGAGUCGUUAAAUUUCGAUAUACUCUUGUCUGUUAUAUAAUAAUCUUGAUCGCGUAUUGCCUGGCCAGAACUAAGGACGCUUGUUCGACGAUGCUCGACAACGACGUUGACAGCUGUUAUGAUUGUAAGAGAGAUGGUAUUAACGAGAUGCAUAGCGUAAACGACGCUGCGGCCAGAAACGGUGUAUGUCUGAUCAGUUCUAGUCGUUGGAAAAAUGUUGCGUCCGAUGAUAGUCAGAGAAGAAUUGGAACCUCUGGGAGCAAUGGAACGAUUCGCUGUGGUACAAUUCCUACAAGUUCUAGAUCCGGUACGGAAGUUCGAUUCAUUAAUCCGGCAAUUUACGCGGAGACAUUGAACGUCGAGGAUGUAGAACACGAGGUGGAAAUUCAAGCGAAGGUCGGUUAUAGAGACGAUGAACGUUUCGUGAGAAAUUGCGGUGAUUCCGCCGGAAUCAGCGAUAUGAUGUCCACACUGUCCAUCAACAAUGAUCUGGCUGCUUCGUUUAUGGAUCACGCUGGUGACCAAGGUUCAGCCGAAGAAACGUAUCGUUGUUAUUCCUUAAAUUCACCGACUACAUGCUGCGCAUCCUUACGAUCCGGUAUUGUACGUUCCAAAUCUGUCACCUCGUGUAAGCAUUCGAAUCGAAUCGAGAGACGUUGUAAAAUUGCCGAUAGAGCGGACAAUAGCUACGGCGAUCUUUGUUCUACUAGGGAUAUCGAGUGGAAAAUGCAGAGUAGGUAUACGUUUAAUGGACAGCGAAUCGUGCAAGUUUCUACCUCAUCGAUAUCCGGUGUCAGAAUAACGGGGAACAGGCGGAAUGAAUCGGAUGUUGGCAAGAAGAUCACUUACAGCGAGUGGAUGCGAAGGAAGCAAGAAAUAGCGCGACGGAAAAAGGAAGAGAAAGACGAGGCUGAACGGCAGAGGCAAAUGGAGGAGGAUAGGCUAGCUCGUGAAAAGGAAGAAAGAGAAUGCCGCGAGAGGGAGAAUUUCGUCAAAUGGUCCGAAAUGAAAAGGAAGGAAGAGGAGAGGAAGAAAGCUGUAGUAGAGAAGGAACUGGAAUUGCAGAAGCAAUUGAAAGAAGUGGAGGAUAAAGCGGCUGUAGCGAAGACUAUGUAUCUUCGUCAAUGGGCCCGUAAAAAGAAAGAAGAAGAGAGAGGUAAAGAAAGCAUCGGGGUUUUCCUUCGUCUCGUUGAUGAUUUGUGCGUUUACGAUGUUUGUGUAGCAUGCCAGAAGAAAGAGGAAAUGAAGCGAAAAAAGGACGAAGAAGAAAGGAAAAAGAGAUUAGAGGAGAGCACGAAAGCCUACGAAAACUGGCGAAAGAUGGCGAAGAACAAACCGAAACCUGCCACGCAAGGGCUUCUGCCUCAUCAAAAAGCCAAGCCAGCGUACGUGAAUCCUACGCCAUGGCAGCGAAUCGUCGACGAUAGCGAGGACGUCGAUCAGGAUGCAUCGAAUGUCGGCAGAAAAACGCAAGGUCAGCCGAGGAUGAGCAGUAAGAGAAGCGCUGUAUCUCGUCAGUGAUUAAAUCGUCGAUCGAUUGUAACUCGUUGGAACUCGGGGAAGCUACGUGGUUUGCAGUUUGCAGUUUGAAGUUUGAAGAACGAUCGCAUAAUUUCAUUCUUACGACUCGAAGCGAGAUAGAAUAGAAUUAGAAAGAAGCGACGGACGAAACCGAAUUUUGGACAGCAGACUGUCCUGUGUGUGGUACAGACAGCAGUUGUUUUAGAAAAGACAUAUCGUACGAUCAGAACGAUUCUACACGCACCGACGUAUAGUAGAUAUCCCGAUAGAUAACUUCAUUUGCUAGCAGAUAUUUUUCGCUUUUUUACAACCUUCGACGUUCGUCCCCCUAUGAUCAAUGGAUAUUAACAUGUAUCGCGACAAGUUAAUC